CUUUAUAUCCCUUUCAACCUUUUCCACCUCCCCCCCUCCUCUCUCUCCCUCUCUCCUCCUCCUCCUCCUCCUCCGCCUUCCACUUCCACUUCCACUCAUGAGCUCGAGCUCGAGCUAGCUCUAGCUCUCUCCACCCUCCUCCAGCCACCGCUUCCACCUCCCCUAGGAGGCUAGCACACAGCACACAGUAGCACUAGCUCGUCGUCGAUCACGCGCGCCACCGCCCAUGGACCGCAAGGACAAGGCCCGCAAGAACUUCUCCUCGUCGUCCUCCUCCUCGGCCGCGUCCAUGGCCGCGCUCGCCGCCGCGGCGGCCGCGGGGGACGGCGGGGCGGCGCUGCCGUCCCCCAUGGAGGAGGACAAGAAGCCCAGGCUGGUGGCGUCGUCGCUGGCGCCCGUGGCAGGCGGCGGCGGCGGCGGUUCCUCCUCGUCCGCUGCUGUUGCUGCUGGCGCGUCUUCUAGCUCCUCCUCCUCCUCGGUGGCCGCGGCGGCGAGGAGGGGCGCGGGCCGUGCCGGCGGUGGCGCCCCGUCGGGCGGCGGCGGCGGGCCGAGGUGCCAGGUGGAGAGGUGCGGCGUCGACCUCAGCGAGGCUGGGCGGUACAACCGGAGGCACAAGGUGUGCCAGACGCACUCCAAGGAGCCCGUCGUCCUCGUCGCUGGCCUCCGUCAGCGCUUCUGCCAGCAAUGCAGCCGGUUCCAUGAGCUGACGGAGUUCGACGACGCGAAGAGGAGCUGCCGGCGGCGGCUGGCCGGGCACAACGAGCGGCGCCGGAAGAGCGCGGCGGACACGGCGCACGGCGAGAACUGCCGCCACGCCGACCAGGACGCCGGCCGGAGCCACCAGGGCACCGGGAACCCGCCGUUCCAGAUCAGAUAAACCUACCUAAGCAUGCUCCCUCUCUUCUGUCAUGCAGCCAUGCUAGUGUGAGUGUGUGUGUUCGUGCCACUACUACUACUACAUGUCUACAUCGAUCUAUCUACCUAUAUAUAUCCACCACCUACGUCCCUUCUUCCUCAAAUCAAUCAAAUCUAUCUAUCUAUCUAUUUAUCUAUCCCUGAAUCUAUCUCUAUCCGGUGUGCUUUGCUGCUGCUGAUUAACUGGCAGUGUGAUCAUCUCCCUCUACUGCUGCUACAUAUAUGCAGUGCUAUGCUGGAGAGGCAUAAAUGUGCUAUAUAUAUGUUCUCUGCCACAACCCUAAGCUAAUUGUAACCUGUUGAUUAAGCAGGUGUUCUAGGGAUUCUCUCUCUCUCUCUCUGUGUGAGGGUGUGUUUGAUGUGUAAUUGUACUAUUGCCUUUGCCCAACAGAAACUUGUAGGCUGCAGUGUGCCUAUGUAUGCUGUUGUGCCGGGAUGGCAGUGGUAAUAUAUGCUGUUUGAGUCACCGUUUUCUGCA